ACACAUUUUGCUUCUAGAAAUACAAAUUUCCAUUGCAUAUUGUGGUGUCAAAUUCAUAGCCCUUAAUAAUCUUGAUCAAAAGUCAUGUAUGCACUACCUUCCUAGCAAUGAACGUUGAAAAUGUCACAAAUACUAUUUUCCCUUUUGGUGCACAAGUAAACAAAAACCGCAGCAAUGUUGUCUCAUUUGUGCGCCUCACUCUCUCAGACCUCCUCUUCAUCCAUCUCCAUCUCUUUCACCUCCUCCACCGCCUUCCGCCACCGCCUCCGCCCCCUCUUCUUUACUCCCCCUCAAAAGUCUUGAAAUUACAUAAAAAGGUGCCGUAUUUCUCCACGAACGCUUCCAUGGAGUCGCCUGUGGGUUUGUCGGUUGAUUCGGUCGCCGAUGGAUUGAAGAAACAGAGUUUGAGCGAAGAUAAACGAGUGAAGUUGAACCUCGAGGAUUUGAAUUGGGACCACUCGUUUGUUCGUGAGCUCCCCGGCGAUCCUCGUACGGACAUCAUGCCCCGAGAGGUCCUUCAUGCGUGUUAUUCAAAAGUAUCCCCAUCUGUUCAAGUCGAAAACCCCCAACUAGUCGCAUGGUCAGAAUCAGUGGCGGAAAUUCUCGAUUUAGAUCCUAAAGAGUUUGAAAGACCCGACUUCCCACUUCUGUUCUCCGGGGCAUCUCCAUUAGCAGGAGGAUUAUCUUACGCUCAAUGUUACGGAGGGCAUCAAUUUGGAAUGUGGGCUGGACAAUUGGGCGAUGGUAGAGCCAUAACACUAGGAGAGCUUGUGAAUUCAAAGAAUGAAAGAUGGGAGCUUCAAUUGAAAGGUGCAGGAAAGACUCCAUAUAGCAGGUUUGCAGAUGGUUUAGCUGUUCUUCGUAGCAGCAUUAGAGAAUUUCUUUGCAGUGAAGCAAUUCAUAGUCUUGGAAUCCCAACUACUCGUGCACUUAGCCUUGUAACAACUGGAAAAUAUGUCACCCGUGAUAUGUUCUAUGAUGGAAAUCCAAAAGAUGAACCUGGUGCAGUUGUAUGCAGAGUUUCACCAUCUUUUUUACGUUUUGGUUCAUUUCAACUACACGCAUCACGAGGAAAAGAAGACCUUAAAAUUGUUCAAGCUUUAGCUGAUUACACAAUCAGACACCAUUUUCCUCAUAUAGAAAAUAUGAACAAAAGUGAUAGUUUAUCGUUUUCAACAGGCCAAGAAAACGACUCUGUAGUGGAUCUAACUUCAAACAAAUACGCAGCAUGGGCAGUGGAAGUAGCUGAAAGAACUGCUUCCAUGAUUGCAAAAUGGCAGGGUGUUGGAUUCACUCAUGAUCUUCCAGGAAGACGUUAUUGUUUUGCAAAUCAACCCGAUGUUGGAUUAUGGAACAUUGCUCAGUUUGCUUCAACUCUUUCAUCUGCUCACUUAAUUAGCGAAAAAGAAUCCGAUUACGCCCUCGAAAGAUAUGGAACGAAAUUUAUGGAUGACUACCAAUCAGUAAUGACAAAGAAACUCGGGUUACCAAAAUAUAAUAAACAACUGAUAAGCAAACUGCUUAACAAUUUGGCAGUUGACAAAGUUGACUACACGAAUUUCUUUAGAUUACUUUCCAACAUAAAAGCUGAUUCCAGUACUCCAGAGGAGGAAUUGCUGAUUCCACUCAAAGCUGCUUUGUUGGAUAUUGGAAAAGAGCGGAAAGAGGCUUGGAUUAGUUGGGUCAAAAUUUACAUAGAGGAGCUAUUGGCUAGUGGAGUUGGAGAUGAGGAAAGAAAAGCUUUAAUGAACUCAGUGAACCCAAAGUAUAUAUUGAGGAACUAUCUUUGUCAAAGUGCAAUAGACAUGGCUGAACAAGGGGACUUUGAUGAGGUGAGGCGAUUGCUUAAAGUAAUGGAAAGGCCGUAUGAUGAGCAACCUGGAAUGGAAAAAUACGCGCGAUUGCCUCCUGCAUGGGCUUAUCGUCCAGAAAGAACAUAUCUGAAAUUCUACACAAGAAAUAGCUUUACAUUGGAGCAAAGUCAAUCACAGACGUCUCCAUCUGUCGAUCGUUUCCUCCGUGAGACCUCCCCAGUCGCCGCCUUCUCCCCUGUGAAGCAACCGGCCGGAGACUGUCGCACCCCUACAGCAACACUGGAGACCGUCGACCCCACUCCUAGGGAAUGA